AUGUUAGGAGAGACAAUCGAAACCCUUGUGAGACAUCGAGAGCAAGCCAUCAGCGCGUUGUCCGAGUACAUCGCCGAUCUCGAGGAGGAAGGUGAACAGGAAGAUAGCUGCACCGUGGCGAAGGAGUUACUCGCGGUGCAGAAGGAGCUGCUUGAGGGUCUCCGCACAGGAGGCAUCAACGCCACGCCCACGGAGUGGCACAUGGAGCAGAUUGUUUCCGCCCUCACGUAUCAUGUGGACUACGACUUCAAGUUGGCUCAUGUAGAGGCUGGAAACCGUGACUCCAGCUUCUACAACGCCCGCCACCAUGAGCUCAUCCGGCGCAUUGUCUUUACGAGAAGAUCUUCCUCGCUCGACUCCGCGGAGCUAGCGACCCCAGUCAACUCUCUCGGAUGCCGCCCGACCGAAGUUCUCGGUCAGGCCAUGGCACUGGCCAUCGGCCCUGGCGCUGUUAAGGCGAUGGCGGCAGCGGCACACAAGCACCCUCGCGACGGCCAGGAUAGUCAGGAAAAGCGUACUCGAAAGGUUGUGCUCGUCGACAACGAGACGGGAGCCGACCACGCGCCGCAGAGAGCCGAAUUCGACACCUCUCGCACCGAGAUGACCGAGAGCAUCGCUAGUACUGACUCGGACGACUUCCUCCCGUGGCACGGAGAGAACCACCAAACCUUCCUGUCGCACUGCGAGGCGGUUGCCUUCGCCCUGGACGCCUACAUAACCGAUCUGGCGAAAGACGAUUCCGAACUCGCCCUCGGUCCGGCCACUUUCGCUAAAGGGCUCCUGACGACGGAACAGGAGCUCAUCGAAGUCCUCGCUACCGAUGAGGGCGCCUCUCCGACAGCGUGGAAUAUGCGCGAGAACCUUACCGCGCUCGCAAACCACGUCUUCAAUCUCGAGUGUCUCCAGGCUCGCUUCGAGUCCAGCAACCCGGAGAUGAGGUUCGAACGCAAGGAGGAAUACGAGGCCGCACGCCGUACUCUCUUCAACGAGAAAAUCCUCCUAGCUCGAUUCCAACGAGCAUCCGUACCGGAUGGUUCCCACGACCCGACUGCCCACGACCUCGCCAGCGUCCCUCUCCGCGGCAAGCCCCGGAUUCCUUCCCGUGCCGACUCUCACGCUAGCGACAACCCCGGGUUCGACAAGGAGAAGGGGAUGACCCCGACCCAGGACAGCCGCACCAAGCGUUUCCUGAGCGGCAUCAAAACCACAGCCCAGACCAAGGCUCUCGUGCAGGCCAGGAACCUCAUGGGACGUGCUGUCGAAGGCAUGGAGGCCACCACGAGCAAGCGUGGCCGUGAGGCGGGCGACGGCGAGAACAAGGCGGAGUACCCCAGUAAGGUCUUCCUUGUCGAGGACGGCGAAAACGAAGGAGGCGACGACACGAAGAAUAAGAACGGCAGAGAUCAUCGCGCGAACAUGACGAAGCUCGUCGCACUCCAGGCCCUCUCGGCCGCUGCGCACAGAUCCGCGGCGCAUGCCAUCGCCCUCGGCGCUGCCAAAUUCCAACGCGAGUGGGACGACGUGGCGGAGCUCGAAGAGCUCAGGGCCAUCGCGACGAGCAUGAAGGAGGCGCGUGGCGCAGCGCUGGAGAUGUACAAGGCGACGAACGACAAGGAGGCGUAG